AUGUCGUCGACCCCUCCGCCACCGCAUUCUCCAGAACCACCGUCUCCGAAACCCGACCAGGGCAUUCCCGCUCCAGCGACACCGUCACGGCUCGGCAGAGCCAAGCUCCAGAAAAUUCCCCCAAUUCCAAUUCGACGAACAGCGGCAUCAACAGAGGAAGGCGAGUUAGCCGAUGAGGAGAAAAGCGAAGAGAAGGAGGAGGUAGAGGUAGAAGAAGGUGAACGCGCUGUUUCUUCCAUCUUGCUUGCGUCGUCGUUAGGGCUCAAUCACAUUCGGACACGCUCUUCAUCUUCGCCUCUUCGUUAUUCAUCCUCGGUUGGCGCUUCUUCCUUCUUGGGAAAAGAUGCUGUUCGGACUAAUGACAAUGACGCCAGACCUAGAUCCAAGCCUUACCAUCCAAAGGACCUAGGGGAAAAAGCUCAUUGGAGUCAAUCUAAAUCGUUGAGAACUCAUUCAUCACUCCUUCCUGUGCUAGAGGGUAAUCAUGCAGCUUUCGCCAAAGAAAUACAAUCCCCACGUUUUCAGGAAAUCCUGCGACUAACAAGUGGCCGCAAAAAGAGAAACCCUGAUAUUAUUAAGAGCUUUUCUCAUGAACUCAACUCCAAAGGAGUUAAACCUUUUCCGCUCUGGAAACAUCGUACCUUUGGGCAUAUGGAGGAAGUCAUGGUUGCAGUUAAAGCAAAAUUUGAAAAGUUGAAGGAAGAAGUUGAUUCUGACUUGGGUGCUUUUGCUGGAGACUUGGUCGGUACUCUUGAAAAAAUUUCAGGGUCUAAUCGUGAAUGGAAAGAAAAAGAGAGGCUGGAGGAUCUGUUGGUUGUUGCUCGACAAUGUGAAAAGAUGUCACCUACGGAGUUUUGGAUCAAAUGCGAAACUAUUGUUCAAAAUCUGGAUGACAAGCGUCAAGAAUUACCAGUGGGGAUCCUCAAGCAAGCUCAUACACGCCUACUGUUUAUUCUCACUCGGUGCACGCGCCUAGUGCAAUUCCAGAAGGAAAGUGGCUAUGAACAAGAUCACAUUCUGGGUCUUCACCAACUCAGCGAUCUUGGAGUAUAUUCAGAGCAAAUUUUGAAGGCUUCAGAGCAGAAAUCCAGUAUCCCAACUUGUGGACAUGAAAUGGCUGAGAAGCAGUCAAAAAAGUCUCAUGGAAAAGAGCAAGACAAAUUGGUAAUAAAACAAAGUCAAGUUGAACAACAUGCAAGUGUUGCGAUUGACAAUGUGGAGCUUACUACAGCCAAAAGUGUUGACUCGACCCCCGGCAGCUAUAGGAUGUCUUCUUGGAGAAAGCUUCCAUCUGCUGCUGAGAAAAAGCGCAAAGGUCAAGAUGCUGUAGAUUUCCCAUCCAAAGGUGAUUUGGAUCAGAUGCUAGUCAAAGAUGAAAAUGCUGAAAGUUUGGAUACUUUGUCAUGUCAUCCUGAACACUCACAGUCAUCGUCAAGAGCGCGAAAGGUUUCUUGGGGAUUCUGGGGAGAUCAACAAAAUCUAACAUAUGAGGAUUCGAUGAUCUGCAGGAUUUGUGAGGUUGAAAUACCAAUUGUACAUGUCGAGGAGCAUUCUCGCAUAUGCACAAUUGCUGAUCGAUGUGAUUUGAUAGGCUUAACUGCAAAUGACCGACUGGAAAGAGUUUCUGAAACUAUUGAAAGGAUACUGGAGUUCUGGACACCAAAAAGCACACCAAAAAGCACUGAUACUCCUGGAGAAGGCUUCGAGGUUGUUACAGUGUCAACAUCAAGUUUGCACGAAGAGUUCAAUGAAUUAUCUCUAGAAAAAAAUAACUUGACUUGUAGAUGCUCUGAAGACAUGCUUGACACUACUCCUGAAGCUGACAAUACUUUUGUUAUGGGUGAUCUGAACCUUUCACCUGAAAUAUCAUAUGAAGCACGGACCUGCUUGAAACCUGAUCUUGGCACAAAAGUAUCUUCAGCUGGAAGCUUGACACCGAGAUCACCGUUGUUAACACCACGAACCAGUCAGAUAGAAAUGUUAUUAAGUGGACGAAGAACAAUGUCUGAACUUGAGAGUUAUGACCAGAUACACAAGCUAGUUGAAAUAGCUCGUGCUGUUGCAAAUGUGAACAACUGUGACUACAGUGCUUUGGAGUAUAUGCUUGAUCGCUUAGAAGACCUGAAAUACGCAAUUCAGGACAGAAAGGUGGAUGCACUUAUUGUGGAGACUUUUGGACGACGUAUAGAGAAACUUUUGCAGGAGAAAUAUGUAUCUCUUUGUGGGCAGAUAGAAGAUGAAAAGGUAGACUCAUCAAAUAGCAUUGCUGAUGAAGAGAGUUCAGUGGAAGAUGAUACGGUCCGUAGUCUUCGUGCUAGCCCAAUUAAUCCUUGUUCUAAGGACCGAACCUCUAUCGAAGACUUUGAAAUAAUAAAACCAAUAAGCAGGGGAGCAUUUGGACGAGUUUUUCUUGCCCGAAAAAGAGCAACGGGAGAUUUAUUUGCUAUAAAGGUUCUGAAAAAGGCAGAUAUGAUCCGUAAAAAUGCUGUUCAAAGUAUUUUGGCUGAGCGAGACAUCCUUAUAUCUGUUCGAAACCCUUUCGUGGUCCGAUUUUUCUACUCUUUCACAUGUAGAGAAAAUCUUUAUCUGGUUAUGGAGUAUUUAAAUGGUGGAGAUCUUUAUUCGCUGUUGAGAAAUCUAGGUUGCCUAGAUGAAGAUAUGGCUCGUGUAUAUAUUGCAGAAGUUGUUCUUGCAUUGGAGUAUUUGCAUUCCUUAAAUGUGAUUCACAGAGACUUGAAGCCAGAUAACUUGCUGAUUGGCCAAGAUGGUCACAUCAAGUUGACAGAUUUUGGGCUCUCUAGGGUUGGUCUUAUCAACAGCACAGAGGAUUUAUCAGCACCAUCAUUUUCCACUAAUGGUUUCCUAGGAGAUGAUGAACCAAAACCUCGACAUUCUUCGAAAAGGGAAGAACGUCAAAAGCAAUCAGUAGUUGGCACCCCAGAUUAUUUGGCACCUGAGAUACUUCUUGGCAUGGGACAUGGUGCAACCGCAGAUUGGUGGUCCGUGGGUGUCAUACUUUAUGAGCUUCUUGUGGGUAUUCCACCAUUUAAUGCAGAACAUCCACUGCAAAUUUUUGAUAACAUAAUUAACAGAGACAUACAAUGGCCCAAGAUUCCUGAGGAGAUAAGCUUUGAAGCAUAUGAUUUGAUGAAUAAAUUAUUGAACGAAAAUCCAGUUCAAAGAUUAGGUGCAACGGGAGCUACGGAGGUUAAACGCCACCCUUUCUUCAAGGAUAUUAAUUGGGAUACUCUAGCAAGGCAGAAGGCUAUGUUCAUACCAUCUGCUGAAGCUCUUGAUACAAGUUAUUUUAUGAGCCGGUACAUUUGGAAUCCAGAGGAUGAACAUUGUGCAGGUGGUAGUGAUUUUGAUGACAUUACUGAAACAUGCAGCAGUGGUUCAGGCAGCGAUUUAUUAGAUGAAGAGGGUGAUGAAUGUGGUAGUUUAGCAGACUUCAGUGGUCCAGCUCUUGAGGUGCAGUAUUCAUUUAGUAAUUUCUCAUUUAAGAACUUGUCUCAGCUAGCAUCUAUCAAUUAUGAUCUGGUUAUUAAGAACUCGAAGGAAUCACCCAAUGACGCCAACCCAUCUGUUUCAUGACAUAGCUGAGAGGGUUGUAAGUUUCUCCGGCGAUUUUAUGUGGUAUUUCUUUUUUUUUUUUUAACAAGGAUAAGGUUCAAGUAGGUGAUCUCCAGAAAAAAAGAGUAUGGGCAUUUUUAAUACUGACACUACAGCCGUGUGUUUUCCACAGUAUUGAUAUCAUUUUAGAUACAAUGUGAUGUGGCCCGAGAAUUCGUUUUUCUUGUUUGUUGUCCCCUUUCAGUUUAGAAUGGCAAUUAUUUAUUUAUUUAUUUAUCUUAGGAUUUGAUAGAGUGAGACUUCUUGUAAUAUUCUAUCUUUGCUCACAGUGCUGUUGGAAAGUCUAGGUCAAUAUGGUGCCUGCCUCUCAUCCUUUACGGAAACCGAGUCU